UCCAUGCUGUCCCCCCUCUAUCCGGACCAUGGCGGCUCGGCGGUGUGGCCCCAGCCUUCUACCUGCACCUCUUCCUCUCAGGUCCUCCAGAGGCCACUACGAUGCCGCCCUCCCCCAAUCAGCGGGAGCAGCGUGGGCCCCAACCCCACCUACUACCACGCCGUCUAUGACGUGCGAGUGGAUCAGUACAGAGAUGUGCCGUUCAGCGGUGGGGUUCGGUCCGGGCGUGGCUCCUUGUCCCUGGUCUCCAGCAGCACCGACCCCACAGUGCCGCUGGUCCGGAGGAGGGGAGGCGUGGUGGACUACCGGGAUGUCAUCAUGGCCCACCAGGCGCACAAGCUGCACAACACCCCGCAGGCCAGGAGGAAAGAGUGGGAAAUGGCGCGUUUUGGAGACGAGCUUCCCAACAGGUAUGGAGGAGGAGGAGGAGGAGGAGGAGGUGGUGGUGGCGGUGGCGGGGGUGCCGGCGGACAAGGGGGGCCCGGUCGCGGUGGAAGCAGGCAGGGGGGCCCCCCCGCAGGGCAGCGGGUGUACAAGCAGUCGAUGGCCCAGAGAGCCCGGACCAUGGCUCUGUACAACCCGAUCCCCGUCCGGCAGAGCUGCCUUACGGUCAACCGCUCCCUCUUCCUCUUCAGCGAAGACAACCUGAUCAGGAAGUACGCCAAAAAGAUCACCGAAUGGCCUCCGUUCGAAUGGAUGAUUCUCACCACCAUCAUUGCAAACUGCAUCGUCUUGGCUCUGGAGCAACACCUCCCUGUCGGAGACAAGACCCCUCUGUCCGAACGACUGGAAGAGACUGAGCCCUACUUCAUAGCCAUCUUCUGUUUCGAGUCGGGGAUAAAGAUCCUAGCCUUGGGUUUUGCGUUACAUAAAGGAUCUUACCUGAGGAACGGCUGGAACGUGAUGGACUUUGUAGUAGUGCUCACCGGUAUCCUGUCGUCAGUGGGGUCUCAACUCGACCUGAGGACGCUCCGAGCCGUUAGGGUGCUUCGACCUCUCAAACUGGUAUCUGGAAUUCCCAGCCUGCAGGUGGUGCUCAAGUCCAUUAUGAAGGCGAUGAUUCCGCUGCUGCAGAUCGGCCUGCUGCUGUUCGUGGCCAUACUUAUGUUCGCCAUCAUCGGCCUGGAGUUCUACAUGGGACAGUUCCACAAAACCUGCUAUGAGAAAUCAUCAAGUUUAGCACAAGGCGAAGAAAUAGACAAUCGGCCGUGCGGGGAUGAGUUGCCGUCGAGACUGUGUAAGAACGGCACGAUUUGUUCACCUGGCUGGAUCGGUCCCAACUACGGCAUCACGCAAUUCGACAACAUCCUGUUCGCCGUGCUCACCGUCUUCCAGUGCAUCACCAUGGAGGGGUGGACAGACAUGCUCUACUAUAGUAAUGAUGUAGGGGGCAGUACCUGGAACUGGAUGUACUACAUCCCCCUCAUCAUCAUCGGCUCCUUCUUCAUGCUCAACCUGGUGCUGGGUGUACUCUCAGGUGAAUUUGCCAAAGAGAGAGAGCGGGUGGAGAACCGGAGCGAGUUCCUAAAGCUGAGGAGACAGCAGCAGAUUGAGAGAGAGCUCAACGGAUACCUGGAGUGGAUCUGCAAAGCAGAAGUCAUCCUGGCUGACGAUGACGUCCCUGGGAACUUUGAUGGAACGAGGCGAAGGCCGACCAUCAAAACCAAAAACAACAAGACAGAGCUGCUGAACCCUGAGGAGGGAGAGGACAACAUGGGGGAUGCAGUAGGUUUCGCACGCUCCAGUAUAAAGAACGGGGCAUUAGACGACCCUAAUUACAAUACAAAGGAGCGACGAUUUCGAUUCUUCAUCCGCAAGAUGGUGAAGACUCAGACUUUCUAUUGGACGGUGCUCUGCCUGGUGGGCCUCAACACCAUGUGUGUGGCCGCGGUGCACUACAACCAGCCUGACGAGCUCUCUGACUUUCUCUUCUAUGCAGAGUUUAUCUUCCUGGCGUUGUUCAUGUCUGAGAUGGGAAUCAAGAUUUACGGUCUGGGUCUGCAGCCGUACCUGCACUCCUCCUUCAAUUGCUUCGACUGUGUGGUCAUUGUGGGCAGUAUCUUCGAGGUGGUGUGGGCCACCAUCAAACCAGGGACAUCUUUCGGGAUCAGUGUGUUACGAGCUCUGAGACUGCUCCGCAUCUUCAAAGUCACCAAGUACUGGGCUCCUCUCCGUAACCUGGUGGUCUCUCUGCUGAGCUCCAUGAAGUCCAUCGUCAGUCUGCUGUUCCUGCUCUUCCUCUUCAUCGUGGUCUUUGCCCUGUUGGGGAUGCAGCUGUUUGGAGGACAAUUCAACUUUGAUGAAGGAACCCCGUCCACUAACUUUGACACGUUUGCAGCAGCCAUCAUGACGGUGUUUCAGGUCCUGACGGGCGAGGACUGGAACAUGGUGAUGUACGAUGGCAUCAAGUCCCAGGGUGGAGUGAAAAAACAGGGCAUGGUGUUCUCCAUCUUCUUCAUCGUCCUCACACUGUUCGGCAACUACACUCUGCUCAACGUCUUCUUGGCCAUCGCUGUGGACAAUCUGGCCAACGCCCAGGAGCUCACCAAGGACGAAGAAGAACAGGAAGAAGCAGCCAAUCAGAAGACAGCUAUGCAGAAGGCUAAGGAAGUAGCAGAAGUUAGCCCGCUGUCAGCAGCCAACCUGUCUAUCGCUGCUAAGGAGCAGCAGAAGAACAACAUUAAGGGCGGCAAGUCGGUGUGGGAGCAGCGGACGAGCGAGAUCCGGCGGCAGAACCUGAUGACGAGUCGAGAGGCGCUCUACAACGAGCUGGAGCAGGAGGACUGGAAGGUGGGAGACGAGGGAGAAGGGGUUGCCAUCCCACGGAAAGCCCGCGGGGACAUGAAGACCCACCUGGACCGUCCGCUGGUGGUCAACCCGCAGGACAAUCGCAACAACAACACCAACAAAACCCAACCGGGCGAACUACCUCUGGACCAGGAGUACCAACGCCAGGACAUGGAUCAAUUCCACCGAGUCACCCAUAAUAACCGGCACCACCACCACCACCAUCAGAAAGUCAACGGGUCGGAGAAUGUGGAGACGACCCAGCCGGCGAAGACCCGAAUGGAGCAUGGAUUCAGCUGCACGUCUCUGGGAAACGUUGAGGUUCAACCUGGGGAGGAAAGGCACGGACACAGGAGCCAUCGAGGACAUAGGCACCGAAACAGAGAGGCCCAAAGUGUGUCACCCCACCACAGCGAGGGGGUCGAGGGGAACCACGAACACAGGAGGUCCCGGCACCGCAAGGGGGAGGAGGGCCGGAGACACAGAUCUAAAGGGACGGAGGGAGGGGGGGAGAAAGGCGAGGAAGGGGAGGGAAGGAAAACGAGAAGGCAUCGCCACAGCAACCAUCACAACAGAAAGGAGCACCACAGUCUCUCCACCACUCGACCCAUUCAGCAGUACAACGAGGACCUGGACAACUUCCGCAACAACAGCAAGUUGGCCAGUGCCCAGGAGCAUCCGUACGACCUUCCACCGGAUCACCCUGACCACGUCAACAACCUGCUGAACUGCCGUGACGCCGACACCCACACGCUGCUGCACAGCAUGGACAGCCUGAUCCUCACCAGCAUGGCCAAACCAGAGUACACCAAGAUAGACAUGCCUCCUGUGUACCCUUACCCCUCCACCAACGCCAUCCUGCAAGUGAACAAGAACGCCAACACCGACCAGAAGAAGAGCGAGGAGAAGAAGGAGGAGGAGGACGACGAGGGGGGCAAAGAAGGCGGACCCAAACCCAUGCCUCCCUUCAGCUCCUGCUUCAUAAUGUCCACCACCAACCCGUUUCGGAGGUGCUGUCACUACAUCCUGACUUUGAAGUAUUUUGAGUUCAGCAUCCUGUCUGUCAUCGCCAUGAGCAGCAUCGCCCUGGCUGCAGAGGACCCCAUCAGUCCUGAUUCAGCUCGAAACAAUGUGCUGCGUUAUUUUGACUACGUUUUCACAGGCGUCUUCACAUUCGAAAUGUUGAUCAAGAUGGUGGUACUGGGCCUAUUUCUCCACCAGGGCGCCUACUUCCGCGACUUGUGGAAUAUUCUGGACUUUAUAGUGGUUAGUGGUGCUCUGGUGGCCUUCGCCUUCACGGGGAGCGGUAAGGGCAAAGACAUCAGUACGAUAAAGUCCCUCCGUGUGCUGAGGGUGUUGCGUCCUCUGAAGACCAUCAAGCGACUCCCCAAAUUAAAGGCUGUGUUUGACUGCGUGUCAAACUCUCUGAAGAACGUGCUGAACAUCUUGAUCGUCUACAUGCUCUUCAUGUUCAUCUUCGCUGUGGUGGCCGUGCAACUCUUCAAAGGCCGAUUCUUCUACUGCACGGACGAAUCCAAAGAGUUUGAGAAGGACUGCAGGGGCGACUUCUUGGUGUAUGAAAGGGACGAAGUUAAAGCUGAGAAGCGGGAGUGGAAGAAGUACGAUUUUCACUACGACAACGUGGCUUGGGCCCUGCUCACCCUCUUCACUGUCUCCACUGGAGAGGGGUGGCCGCAGUGACACUCGGUGGACUCCACCUAUGAGAAUCAGGGCCCUAGCCCGGGUUAUAGGAUGGAGAUGUCCAUCUUUGACGUGGUGUACUUCGUUGUCUUCCCCUUCUUCGUAAACAUCUUUGUAGCUCUCAUCAUCAUCACCUUCCAGGAACAGGGGGAUAAAAUGAUGGAGGAUUAUAGUUUAGAAAAAAAUGAGAGAGCCUGUAUAGAUUUCGCCAUCAACGCCAGACCUCUAACUCGCCAUAUGCCGAAAAAUAAACUUAGUUGUCAGUAUCGCAUGUGGCAGUUUGUGGUUCCUCCGCCCUUUGAGUACAGCAUCAUGGCUCUGUUGCACUCAAACACCAUCGUCCUCAUGAUGAAGUUCGACGGUGCAUCAGACACGUUCGAUGAGGUCCUGAAGUACCUCAACAUGGUGUUUACCAGCUUCUUCUUCUUGGAAUCAGUCCUCAAGGUCAUCGCUUUUGGCCCUCUGAAUUUCUUCAGAGACGCCUGGAACAUUUUUGAUUUUGUGUCGGUCCUUGGAAGCGUUACGGACAUUUUAGUGACAGAGCUAGGGAAUAACUUCAUCAACUUGAGCUUCCUGAGGCUGUUCAGGGCGGCUCGGCUCAUCAAGCUGCUGCGACAAGGAGAGACCAUCCGCAUCCUGCUGUGGACCUUCGUCCAGUCCUUUAAGGCUCUGCCAUACGUGUGCCUGCUCAUCGCCAUGCUCUUCUUCAUCUAUGCCAUCAUCGGCAUGCAGCUGUUUGGGAAUCUGGCACUCGAUGACGGGAGUGCCAUCAACGAGCACAAUAACUUCAGAACCUUCAUCAUGGCCCUGAUGCUGCUGUUCAGGAGCGCUACGGGCGAGGCGUGGCAUGACAUCAUGUUGGCGUGCCUCGGCGGUAGGGUGUGCGACCCGGAGACAGGGAACAAAGAGCCUGAGUGUGGAAGCACCUUCGCCUACACCUACUUCGUCUCCUUCAUCUUCCUCUGCUCUUUCCUGAUGCUGAAUCUGUUCGUGGCCGUCAUCAUGGACAACUUUGAGUAUCUGACCAGAGACUCCUCUAUCCUGGGGCCGCAUCACCUGGACGAGUAUGUAAGGAUAUGGGCCGAGUACGACCCUGCCGCCUGCGGGCGCAUACAUUAUAAGGAUAUGUACAGUUUAUUGCGAGUUAUCUCCCCUCCCCUGGGCCUUGGCAAGAAAUGCCCACAUAGGGUGGCCUGCAAGAGGCUGCUGCGCAUGGAUCUGCCAGUUGCAGGUGACAACACGGUGCAUUUUAACUCCACCCUCAUGCUCUGAUCAGGACAGCAACUGGAUAUAAAGAUUGCCAAGGGCGGUGCAGACAAACACCAGAUGGAUGCUGAGCUGCGAAAGGAGAUGAUGGCUAUUUGGCCAAAACUUCGCAGAAGACAACUGGACUUGCUGGUUACACCGCACAUGGCAGCCACAGACUUGACGGUCGGCAAAAUCUACGCCGCCAUGAUGAUCAUGGAGUACUACCGGCAGAGCAAGACGAAAAAGCUUCAGGCCCUGCGAGAGGAACAGCGCAUGGAGCCGCCCUCUGAGGGCACGGAUGGGGGUCAGGGUCCCAACGGCCUCCCCAGCAUCCAACCAGACAACAACACCAGCAUACCUCCCGAGGAUGUCAUGAUUGAGAGCCCCCGACCGCCCCUACCACCCGACGAUCUGCACGACAACCGUCACAACCCGCAGACGGUAGAAAUGAGGGAGAUGGGGCGGGACGGGUACUCCGACACUGAGCCCUAUCACCCAAUGGAUGGGCACGGGCGGACCCUCUCCAUGCCCCGCCUCUCGGCAGACAACCAAAGAGCUCAUGCUGUUUCGCGGAGGAGACACAGGCCUCGUGGAAAUAACCUCAGUACCAUCACCGACACCAGUCCGAUGCGCCGCUCCACCUCCAGUCUGGUCCACGGGCGUGCGGGUCGGGGGGUGAGGCUGGACGACUACUCCCUGGAGAGGGUGGUUUCUGAGGAGGGGAAACACGGAGGAGGUCGCCGGCACAGAGACAGGAAUCACCAGGCCUCGCAGCGCUCGCUGACCAGAUACACUGACGCUGACACGGGUCUGGGCACAGACCUCAGCACCACCACGCAGUCGGGCGACCUUCCUCCAAAGGAGCGCGAGAGGGACCGCGGCCGGACCAAGGACCGUCGCCACCACCAUCACCACCAUCACCAUCACAGCUCCAUGGACAAGGAGCGCUACGGCCCUGAAAGACACGACUACCACCCCCCAGGCACCCCCAGGACCAGCCACUGGUCCCGCUCCCCCAGCGAGGGGGCCAAAGGACGAGGACACAGACAGGGCAGUAGUUCGGUGAGCGGCAGCCCGGUCCCCUCGACCUCGGGGACCAGCACUCCGCGGAGAGGCCGUCGCCAGCUGCCCCAGACCCCAGCUGUCCCCCGUCCACAUGUAACCUACUCCCCCGCCGUCCGCAAGGCCAUUCUACGGCCCCCCAGGGUCCGGGCCUACUGCGCUCCGCCCUCCCCCCUACACUUCUCCCCUCCAGACCACGAAAGAGGCUAUCACCAUCGACCACCUUCACGCAAGCGUCUCCCCAGCACGGGGGACUCCUCAUCCCUGCACGGUUCCCCGCAUUCCCCCAGGCAACCAGUCCCCGCGCUCGCCUCUCCACGCUCCCCCAGGUCACCUCACCGAGGCCGUUGGAGCGGGGGUCCGCCCGGGGACAGCCUGAGGGGCGACGGGCCCUUCUAUGAGCGCGACUACGAGUACGAGCGGCACCACGAGCCCCCUGCCUACGAGCAAAGUCUCUCUCAUGGCAACCCCCAUCCACAUGGGGGAAAUCCUCACCCUCACCCACGCUCACCUAGGACUGCCCACCAUGGGCCCCCUCCGCCCCCUCACCCGCAUCCACGUAGGGUGCCCCAAUGGUUACCGCUCCAUCCUCACCUCCCCAACAUAAGGCGGGGGCCACCCGGGGUGCCACCACAUCCACACCAACGGCCCCCCCAUGCUCGAGGGCCCCGCAAGGGCCUGCAUGAACCUUAUAGUGAGACGGACGAGGAUGACUGGUGCUAGCAACCACAGGGAGCGAGGGAUGAGGGCAGGAGAGGAGAAGAAUAGCAGCCUCCGGUGCUCUGGCCUUGGAUAUGUAGACUUUUAAAAAAGCAGAGGGGGUGAAAAUAUGAAUGGG